AUGCUCGGGGUGACGGACUACCUCACCCACUUCGCUGAAACGAAAGCUCUGCCAAGAGGCAGUGCAGUCGAAGUAGCGAAAUUCUUCGUCGAGAACAUCCUGUUGCGACCCGGUGCCCCGAAAGUCCCCAUCACCGACAAAGGAAUGGCCAUUACAGUGGAGCUCACCCAAGCUAUUCUGCAAUACAGCCACACAAGCCACAGGUGGACAACUGCCUACCACCCGCAGACGAAUAAGACCCCCACCGACAUGCUAGCAAUGUACGCCGACGUCGAACACAAGACGUGGGCUGCUAUCCUGGCGUAUGCAAUCUUCGCUUACCACACGGGUGUGCAAGAAACAACCCAGAUCACGCCAUUCAAACUGGCUUACGGCAGGAACCCGAUGUUGACGCUCGACGCCAUGCUGCCACACGUCCCAGACGAAGAUAAUCUUUACAUCGCCACCUAUCUCCUGCGUGCCGAAGAAGCCAGAUAG